AGUCAUAACAGACCUUGGACUGACGAAUCAUAUCGACAUAUUCCACAGAGAGACGUGCAAUAAUAACGAGGUAUGAAACGAUACUUUCAUGAUUUCUGCAUUUACUCUCAUUAUUAUUAAAGCAUGCUGGGCAGUGGAAAUCCCCGGAGCACUUUGUGUAAUGCAGCACAAAUCGACGACGACAACACGACGCUUUCAACAGGAAACCGAAAGUGUUUCACUUCAUACGUUUACUUUCGCUUUUAAACGUGAUGACAUUCCGCUGCGAGUUGAUCUAAGCUUUCAUUUCUUCUACCCUGUGUGCUGCUGCUGUCUAUGUGAAUUUAUGUCAUCCGACGGUGUUUUAGAGCGAUGGAAGACCUGUCCAAACACAUGAGACUGAGAGAAUGGCUCAUAGCUCAGAUAGACAGUGGGAAAUACCCUGGACUGAGCUGGGAAAACCGCGAGAAGAGCAUGUUCAAAAUUCCCUGGAAGCAUGCUGCCAAACAGGACUACAGACAGAACCAGGACGCGGCGCUCUUUAAGGCAUGGGCCAUGUACAAAGGUAAAUUUCAGGAGGGCAAAGACAAAGCAGAUCCUUCCACGUGGAAAACCCGCUUGCGUUGUGCCCUCAACAAGAGCACAGAUUUCCAGGAGGUUCCAGAACGCAGUCAGCUGGACAUCUCUGAACCCUACAAGGUGUACCGGAUCCUGGACGACACUGGACGAGUGGCAGACAUGUGUGUAAAUGAGGAGGUAAUAGAGGACGGGGCUCUGAGAGAAACACAUCUGCCAAUGCAGGUCAGCUCACUGGGCGAGUCAAACAGAGGAUGGACGGACUGCCGUCUGGAGGUGCGUCUGUUUUAUCACGGUGACCUGGUGCACAGCACCGUAUCUGCCUCUCAAGACGGCUGCUUCAUCCUGCAGGGCUGUGCUCCACUUGGGAAUGAGCGCAUCUACGGGCCGUGUCAAGCCAAGAAAGUCUUCUUCCCCGGUCCGGACAUUGUGCCCCUGUCCCCAGGCAUCACUGAGGCAAUGAGCCGUCUGCUGCCCCACCUGGAGAAGGGCGUGCUGGUGUGGGUGGCUCCAGAUGGCGUCUUCAUCAAACGCUUCUGCCAGGGCCGGGUGUACUGGGACGGUCCGCUGGCCGAACACAGAGAGAAUCCCAACAAGCUAGAGAGAGAGAGGACCUGCAAGCUGCUAGAUAUGACCAUCUUUUCACAAGAGUUACAGAAUCACCGGCAGGGCACGGGACCCAAGCCGCGAUAUGUGGUGGACCUGUGCUUUGGAGAGGAGUUCCCUGACACCAGUCAACCAAAGAGCAAAAAGCUCAUCACUGCACAGGUGAUUCCUCUGUUUGCUGUGGAGUGUCUAGAGAGCCACGAUCCAUCUAAGAGUGUGGACGUGAAGCCUUCACCCUCACAUAGGAGCUGUAUGCAAAGCCAUGCAUAGCCACGCUUUAUCACAACAGAAACCUUUCAUCAUCAAACAAAGUCUUUAUUCUAACUAUAAUGAGGAUACUGACAGAAUUCUAAACAAAUGAGAGUUGGUUUGGUCUUGUUGUACGACUUCAUUAAGUUAUUUCAGAAAGGAAACACGUGUAAACAUGAGGUUAUAAUAUAACAUGCUUAUUGUAAAAUGCACACGUGUGAACAUUUUUGUACUAUGUGAUAAAAUCAAAAUGUCUUAAUCAUG